AGAUAGCUGCAACAUCAUUCGACAUCAUUCACCUAUACUGUGCUUUUACCUACUGGGACAUCAACAUCAACCAUACAAUUCCCCUCGGUCGGAUAAACAGAUUAAACUGUAGCUCAUCAUGGUCGAGCUAGCUACCCUUCAGAUCGGGUCCCUCCGAUACAACUCGCCGAUGGUCCAGGUGGCCUUGCUCGGUUUCGUCGUAUUCUGUACGGUCGGGAUGUUCAGCGCCGUCUCCAACUUGGGAGCCGGAGGGACACAAGAUAUCGUCAUGUCAAACAUCGCCAACUCGAUCCUCUAUGCAACCUUUGCGUUCGGCGGUCUAGGAGCAGGAGCCGUUACCAACCUGCUCGGGCCUCGAUACACCCUCUUAUUGGGAAGUCUCGGCUAUGCGUUCUACAUCGGAAGCCUUUGGUGCUUCCAGACGCAGGGGACCAAAUGGUUCGUAUACCUAGGAGGAGCCGUGUUGGGUGCUUGUGCGUCUUUGCUCUGGAGUGCCCAGGGUUGUUUGAUGAUGGCCAUCCCCUCGGAAAAGGACAAGGGAAAGGCUUUCAGUCUGUUCUGGGCGAUCUUCAACUCGGGUUCGCUCAUGGGGGCCUUGAUCGUCCUGGGGAUUACUGCUCAAGACGGACAGGUCUCGACCAUCUCUACUGGAAUCUACUUGGCUUUCUUGAUCAUCAUGUUGAUCGGAGCCGCUUCGACCAUGACCAUCUUGCCCUUGCACAAGAUCGUUCGAGGGGAUGGAACUGCCGUCUCCGUUCAAGCCCAGGCGACUCUUAAGGAGGAAGUCACCGGCAUGUGGAAGGUCAUCAAGGAUUGGCGCAUGAUCGUCCUCCUCCCCAUGUUUUUUGCCUCCAACUACUUUUACGCCUACCAAGGAGCCCUGAACGUUGCCAAAUUCAACGGCCGAACCCGUGCGCUUGUCGCGGUGCUCGAUGGUCUGGGUGCCAUCCUCGGAGCCAUCUUUGUCGGUCUCUUGCUCGACAAGCUCCCGUUCGCCAGGCGUAAGCGAGGGAUGAUCGGGGUUGCGACCGUCUUCUUCUUGGGAAUUGCUGUUUGGGGAGGUGGUCUAGGGUUCCAGCUCGGGUUCACUCGGGAAUCUAAAUCCCCCAACUGGGAUUGGACCGACAAGGUCGCUCACGGACCCAUCGUCCUCUACAUGUCGUACUAUAUCAUGGACUCGGCCUUCCAGGGAUUGGCUUGUGAGUUCCACAACUACGCGCUUGCGGGCGAUGUACCACAGGCUAACUGCGCCUCGGAUCGCUUCGCAGACUGGAUCAUGGGCGCCUUGUCGAACGACCCUUGGAAGCUCGCUCGAUUUGCCGGUCUGUACAAGGCCGUUCAGUCUGCUGGUGGUGCCAUUAGCUACGGUAUGGAUGCUGUCAAGACCCCUUACUUGACCGAACACCUCGUCUCCGCCUUGCUCUUCCUCGUUUCGCUACCGCUUGCCGGUAUCGUGGUCUACACGAUGAACGAGACGACGACCGAGAUCGAGGGGGAGAUCCACGUCGAGGACCUGCACGAUUCGCACAUGGCGGUACCCAAGGGUCAUCACACCGCGACCAGGACCGACAGCAACGACGAGGAAGACAAGCUCGGCUACGACGAAAAGGUUGGACACGUCAGCGUCGAGCAUGCCGACAAGUAGAACGGGCUCAAGGGCCUUUGGCAAAGUGGACAAUUAUACAUCUAGGGGGUUUCAUUCUGGUUGUAUCGCUUGAGCAUCGGCAGGUUUGACUAAUAGCUAAGAGCUAGGUAUCGAAGAAGCGCGUUCUUCGUAGCGUUGUAUCACUGCUACUUGGUCAUAAUGAAGGAUUCAAUGCGAGUAUGACAUCUUCUGUCAAAUGAA